AUGCCACCCUUCUCCCCUUUCUGCCUCUCGAUCUCCCCUUGCCUCCUCUCGAUCUCCGCUUUCCGCCUUUCGAUCUCCGCUUUCCACCUCUCGAUCUCCCCUUUUCGCCUCUCGAUCUGCCCUUUCCGCCUCUCGAUCUCCUCUUUCCGCCUCACGAUCUCCGCUUUCCGCCUCUCGAUCUCCGCUUUCCGCCUCUCGAUCUCCCCUUUCCGCCUCUCGAUCUCCCCUUUCCGCCUCUCGAUCUCCCCUUUCCGCCUCCCCAUCUCCCCUUUCCGCCUCUCGAUCUCCCCUUUCCGCCUCCCCAUCUCCCCUUCACGCCUUCCAAUCUCCCUUUUCGCCUCCCAGUCUCCCCUUUCCGCCUCCCAAUCUCCCCUUUCCGCCUCCCAAUCUCCCCUUUCCCGCCUCCCAAUCUCCCCUUUCCGCCUCUCAAUCUCCCCUUUCCGCCUCCCAAUCUCCCCUUUCCGCCUCCCAAUCUCCCUUUUCGCCUCCCAAUCUCCCCUUUCCGCCUCCCAAUCUCCCCUUUCCGCCUCCCAAUCUCCCCUUUCCGCCUCCCAAUCUAAACUUUCCGAUUUCCCCUUUUCCGCCGCCCAAUCUCUACUACCCGCUUCUCACUCUCCCUCCCUUCCCGCGUCUCAAUCUCCCCUUCCCGCCUCCCGGUCUCCCCUUCACGCCUCUCAUUUAAAAAAUACCCGCCUCCCAUUAUCCCCAUCUCCCCAUCCCUGCAUCCCACUCUCCCCAUCCCUGCAUCCCCAUCUCCGCCUCCCAUUCUCCCAUUCCCUCCCUUCCCUCCCUUCCCUCCCUUCCCUCCCUUCUCUCCCUUCCCUCCCUUCUCUCCCUUCUCUCCCUUUCCUCCCUUCUCUCCCUUCUCUCCCUUCUCUCCCUUCUCGUCCUCCCCUCUCUCCCUUCUCUCUCUCCCUUCCCUCCCUUCCCUCCCUUCUCUCCCUUCCCUCCCUUCUCUCCCUUAUCCCCUUCCCUCCCUUCCCUCCCCUCUCUCCCUUCUCUCCCUUCCAUCCCUUCCCUCCCUUCCCUCCCUUCCCUCCCUUCUCUCCCUUCCCUCCCUUCUCUCCCUUCCCUCCCUUCUCUCCCUUCUCUCCUAAACCUCCCUUCCCUCCCUUCCCUCCCUUCUCUCCCUUCCCUCCCUUCUCUCCCUUCCCUCCCUUCUCUCAUUUCCCUCCCUUCUCUCCUUUCCCUCCCUUCUCUCCCCCCCUACAUUCUGCUCCAUCCCUCAGGACUGCCCCCAUCAGCGCCAACCCUCUCUGCGCCCCUUUUCUGUCUCCCCCUUUUCUCCUCUCUUUCUGCCCUUCCGUCCUACCUCUUCAUCCUCACCCAUCCAUCCCGCUUCCCCAUCUCCUCAACCCCUCUUCCCUUCCCCUCCCUGCAUCCCCAUCUCCCCACCCUGCGUACCUCUCUCCCCUUCCUGCUUCCCCAUAUCCACUGCAUAUUUCCCCAUCUCCCCUCCCUGCAUCCCCAUCUUCCCUCCCUGCAUCCCCGUCUCCCCUCCCUGCAUCCCCAUCUCCCCUCCCUGCAUCCCCAUCUCCCCUCCCUGCAUCCCCUUCUCCCCUCCCUGCAUCCCCAUCUCCCCUCCCUGCAUCCCCAUCUCCCCUCCCUGCAUCCCCAUCUCCCCUUCCUGCAUCCCCAUCUCCCCUCCCUGCAUCCCCAUCUCCCCUCCCUGCAUCCCCAUCUCCCCUCCCUGCAUCCCCAUCUCCCCUCCCUGCAUCCCCAUCUCCCCUCCCUGCAUCCCCAUCUCCCCUCCCUGCAUCCCCAUCUCCCCUCCCUGCAUCCCCAUCUCCCCUUCCUGCAUCCCCUUCUCCCCUCCCUGCAUCCCCAUCUCCCCUCCCUGCAUCCCCGUCUCCCCUCCCUGCAUCCCCGUCUCCCCUCCCUGCAUCCCCGUCUCCCCUCCCUGCAUCCCCAUCUCCCCUCCCUGCAUCCCCAUCUCCCUUCCCUGCAUCCCCAUCUCCCCUCCCUGCAUCCCCAUCUCCCCUUCCUGCAUCCCCUUCUCCCCUCCCUGCAUCCCCAUCUCCCCUCCCUGCAUCCCCGUCUCCCCUCCCUGCAUCCCCGUCUCCCCUCCCUGCAUCCCCAUCUCCCCUCCCUGCAUCCCCAUCUCCCCCUCCCUGCAUCCCCAUCUCCCCUCCCUGCAUCCCCUUCUCCCCUCCCUGCAUCCCCAUCUCCCCUCCCUGCAUCCCCGUCUCCCCCUCCCUGCAUCCCCGUCUCCCCUCCCUGCAUCCCCAUCUCCCCUCCCUGCAUCCCCAUCUCCCCUCCCUGCAUCCCCAUCUCCCCUCCCUGCAUCCCCGUCUCCCCUCCCUGCAUCCCCGUCUCCCCUCCCUGCAUCCCCAUCUCCCCUCCCUGCAUCCCCAUCUCCCUUCCCUGCAUCCCCAUCUCCCCUCCCUGCAUCCCCAUCUCCCCUUCCUGCAUCCCCUUCUCCCCUCCCUGCAUCCCCAUCUCCCCUCCCUGCAUCCCCGUCUCCCCUCCCUGCAUCCCCGUCUCCCCUCCCUGCAUCCCCAUCUCCCCUCCCUGCAUCCCCAUCUCCCCUCCCUGCAUCCCCAUCUCCCCUCCCUGCAUCCCCUUCUCCCCUCCCUGCAUCCCCAUCUCCCCUCCCUGCAUCCCCGUCUCCCCUCCCUGCAUCCCCGUCUCCCCUCCCUGCAUCCCCAUCUCCCCUCCCUGCAUCCCCAUCUCCCCUCCCUGCAUCCCCGUCUCCCCUCCCUGCAUCCCCGUCUCCCCUCCCUGCAUCCCCGUCUCCCCUCCCUGCAUCCCCAUCUCCCUUCCCUGCAUCCCCAUCUCCCCUCCCUGCAUCCCCAUCUCCCCUCCCUGCAUCCCCUUCUCCCCUACCUGCAUCCCCAUCUCCCCUCCCUGCAUCCCCGUCUCCCCUCCCUGCAUCCCCGUCUCCCCUCCCUGCAUCCCCGUCUCCCCUCCCUGCAUCCCCAUCUCCCUUCCCUGCAUCCCCAUCUCCCCUCCCUGCAUCCCCAUCUCCCCUUCCUGCAUCCCCUUCUCCCCUCCCUGCAUCCCCGUCUCCCCUCCCUGCAUCCCCGUCUCCCCUCCCUGCAUCCUCCCUAA